CGGGACAUGGGAGAGGGAAAAGAAUUUGGGGUUGGUGGAACAAGUAGUAAAACAGGAGAGGAGAGGCGCCUGACUCUGUAAGCUGGAGACAGAGAGUGGACCACUUGUCUGCAAUUGAAUUAUCCAAUUUGCUUGAUGCGUUGCAACAACACAGACGGGAUGCCUCGAGGAGACUUCAACAUUUACUUUGCCAGCAGUCGACGUGGAUUUGUCCGAGCUGAGGAGGCCGUGGGUGUUGCUCUGUUGGUGAUCAUCCUGGCUGCUCUCGUCGUCCUGGGCUGCUGGUAUUUUAAGAGGAAGGGUGGCUACAAGAAAAUCAGGAGUCCCAGGUCGGGGUCGCCAGCUUACAUUGGAGGUCAGUACUCAGAGGCCGGACCCUCUGCACAAAACAAGAUGGCACUCACCGACUUUGGCAGCCUGCAGUCUGUGAUGCCAAACGCUCCUCCCGCCUAUGAAAAGAUCUCCUCUGGACCGUUGCCGCCUCCUUAUUCACCAUAAAAGAACAGGCAAAGAAGAAAUUCGCACACACAAUGCUCAUAUUGUCACAAGAAACGAUUCAAACACGACAAGGAGUCUUGUUUAGAAGGAACAACCCCCCUCCAAAAAAAAAACAAAUGGGGGGAUAGAUGUUUAUUAUUCUUUCCAUGCUUUAACUGCCACAUUAGUUCCAUGAAAAUGAACCUAUGUAGGAAACUCUAUAUGGUAGAAAAUAAAUAAAAAGUGAGUGCAAAACAUGUUGUACAAAUCCAGUUGGUCUAGUCUUUACAUUUCCUCCACUGUAAAAUGCAAUUUCCAACUCAUAUGCACAGAAUGGGUAUACAAACAAGUGUCCUAUUAAACAUUUAAAGUAGUAAAGUUGGCUUUUGA